UCUGUUCAAACCUCAACCUUUCUCUCUCUUUCUUCGUCUUCUUCUUCACCAUUAAAUCAACCCCUCACCUUUCUGAAUCAAACGUCCCACCCUCAGCUCCACCAUUUUUAUUUGCGAUGAGAAAGUUUUCUUCUUCUUCUUCAAAAAGUAGGAGUAUGGAGAAUAAGAAUGAGAGAAGUGUGAUAGAUUGGGAGGUGAGACCUGGUGGCCUGCUGGUCCAGAGGAGGAGUUGUGGGGAUUCAUCAUCAGCCGUUAAUUCUGCGCCGUCAGAGGCAACUACUGCUGGGGUUGGUCCAAUGAUCAAAAUCAAGCUGUCUUUUGAUUCUUGUUACCAUGAUGUCACUAUCCCAGCUCAAUCUACUUUUGGGGAACUGAAGGAAGUUGUUUGGCAUAAAAGUGGGCUGCAGCCUAAAGUGCAGAGGCUGUUGUUCCAAGGGAAAGAGAAGGAGAACAAUGAAUGCCUUCACAUGGCUGGUGUAAAAGACAUGUCAAAGGUUAUCCUGUUGGAGGAUCCUGCAAGCAAAGACAAGAAAAUGAAGGAGUUGAUGAAAAAUCCAGGCACGCUUGCAGCCUAUGAAGCUGUUUCCAUAGUUAGAGCACAAGUUGAUAAGCUCUCCAACAAGGUUGCAGCCUUAGAGACAGCUUUGGAGAGAGGUACCAAAGUCGACGACAAGGACUUUGUUGUGUUGACGGAGUUGCUCAUGUUGCAGCUGCUUAAACUCGACAGUAUUGUAGCAGAUGGAGAAGCAAGAGCUCAAAGAAAAAUAGAGGUUCAUCGAGUUCAAAGCUUUGUGGAUAGUGUAGACAAUAUGAAGGCAAGAUAUUCCAACCCUUUUAUAAGAAGUCCUAAUGCUACAACUAUGAUGGGUACAAAAUGGGAGACAUUGGAGUCUGGAGUUGGAAGCCUCACUGCACCAAAGCCGUUACAGCAGUCCACAACAAUCACUCAUGACUGGGAGCUAUUUGACUGAUGGACCAUCUCUGCCUUUUCUUUCCUUAUUUUUUCCCACAGAUUUUGUAUGCAACAUUGCUACGGAGUACAUUAUUAAUGUAAAGAUUUGUGCUUUUUUGACUUAAAUCAAACAUUAAUGAAGAGCACUUGGGUCUCA